AUGAAAUAUAUAUUUAUUUUUGGUGGUGUAUUUUUAGGAAUUUUCUUCAAACUAGCAACAGAGCUAGACGUUUUUAAGCCAGUGAUGAGUUAUAAUGAAUAUGGAAAUUGUAAAUAUUUAAAAGAGGACAUAAGAGGACCUGAAGAUAUGACUUAAUUUAAUUCCACAACAAUAAUAAUAGGAUCUGGAAAUUUCUAAAAAGUAUAUGCUAGAGGGAAACCAGAAUUAGAAUAGUAGGGUAUUUAUGCAAUUUUGAAUUCUAAUAAAAAAAAUUAUAGUUUAAUGAAGCUUGAAUUAAAAAACUUUCCUAAAGAUGUCGCUUUGUAUAUUCAUGGAAUAUAUAUAAGAAGAUAGAAAGAUGGAGAUUUCUUAUUUGUAAUAAAUCAUGCAUAUCAUAAUGGUGGAGAAAGAAUAGAAAUAUUUAGGAUAAAUGAAUAAUUGGAAUUAACAUAUGAACAUUCACUUAUUAUGGAUGAAUAAUAUACAGGAAUAUUAAAUGAUUUGGUUGUAAUAGAAGAUAAUAGACUUUUAAUUACAACUUAUAUGCCAUUACCUGAUCCAAAAGAAGGUAGACAUAAAGCUAAUGCAUUACAUAUAAUAAAAACAUUAUUUUAUUAGUUGACCAAAUAAAAGACUACAUAUAUUUUAGAUUGUUAAUUUAAUAAAUAGAAAUAAAGUUUAAUUUAACCCUAAUGUAAGUAAUUAGCAAAUACUUCAGGAAUAAUGAGAAAUGGUUUAACUUGGAAUAAAAAAGAUUUAGUUUGGGUAGCUGAUUCAAUUGAAAAAGGAUUUACUGAAUAUUAGAUUUAAGGAGAGAAUUUAGUCUUUAAAAGAUUUGUUCCUGUGUAAAAUGGAAUAGAUAAUAUUGAAUAUUAAGAGGAAAGUAAUACAUUGGUUUUAGGAUUGAUUCCAAAAUUAUAUAAUUAUUUCUAAUUAGAUAGUUUUGUUAAGACUAAUGACUUAGAUAGAUAAACCAAUUUUGAGUAUUGGGGAGCUGUAGGUUAGUAUGAUUUGAAUAAAGAUCAAUUAAGAAUUUUAUCCUAAAAUAGAUAUUUAUCAAAAGGACUUGCAGGAGGAAUAGUAAGUGGGAAUAAUCUAUUUUUGGGAAGUUGGUGUGAUGUGUCUGUUAUGGUUUGUUAGAAAAUUUGA